GUAUUUUAUAAUCGAAUUUUUUAUUUUCCCUAUAAGGUGACUUGUGUGAGGUCUUCACUGCGGUUUUGCGUUCCCCGAAAGGAGGUUACAUUGAUCGAUUCGAGGUUUCAUUUCAUAAUCAGUUAAAGAACAAAGAAGCGAAUAUGUGUUUCCAAACUGUAGUAGAAACCUUUGAUUUAAUAUUUGUAAGGCAUUCGUAUGAUUGUUUAUAUAGAUGACAGCUAUGUGGCUCGUUGCUAUGCAAUAGUCGAGGUCGCCGUAACUUAAUCCUACAAACUCACAACAAAGAACAUUGCAUUGCACCUUUAAUAGAGUUUAGAUGUUAAAGCGCCAUGCUCUCCUUGAUCGAAAAGAAAGCCUCGAUCGUGACCUGAAGACAUCUCUAAUUAGGAAUAUGAAAUUUUGCAUCCGGCUCUUUGUAUCGCGAUCGGCCGCGCAUUGUACAAUAUGUAGAUACCCCUCUCUAAGUUUCUAUAAAACAAUUUGA